GAAGAUCCAGUCAUGAAAGGCUACCAUGUCACCCUAAAAAGACUGAAGCCAGACCAGGGGAUGGGGAACAACUAUCUUUGGCCAAACUGUAAAAAAAAAAAAAAAAGAAUUACAAGAUAAACUACCAAAUAGACAAGAGGAAACCUUAAAACUAAAGCAUCACUGUGGAGCAAUGUCCCUAAAAAACAAAAUGAAUUAUCUCUAAUUAACAACAUGAUCGGGUCUACAAAAAGAGGACUAAGACACCCUAAAAAACUGCACUGCAUUAAAGUAGAGAAAAUAUGAAGAGGAGAGCAAGGACUGGAAUGUUGUUAACUGUAAACAAGUCGAAGAGGAGCCAGCAGACCCUGAGACACAUGAAAUCUGCCAUGUAACAAAGUUUGGGAAUUGGGAAUUUAAAGGCCUGGAGGCGUUUGUUAAGGGAGGGACUGAGCCACACUUAACUGGACACUAUGAGGACACACCACGAACCAAGGCAGUGGAAAGCAACACAAGGCUUGAACUCCUUAUCAUGAUCACUUCACCAUCCCAUGGUUUUCACGUUUCAUCUGAAUAAUGGACAGCUUUGUCACUGCAGGACACUCCUGAGCUUCACCCUUGUCCAAACUGCAGAAUCUCUAUCAAUGACUCAGGCUUCCUGCAGCAGCAUUUCAGGGGGCGUGCUUUCUCCCACCCCUGCAUAGGUGAGAUGAUAAGGCCUGUAGAUGCAUCACCUGAGACCAAAGGAAUCUGCUGGCACUUCACAGUGUUGUGGAGGUAUGGACUGUAACUGCGUCAGUGAUCUGCUGCUCCCUCCGGUGCCAGCACUCUGGACGCCAGGGUUCGCCUUCCCAGACUGGGCCUACAAGCCCGAGUCGAGCCCCGGGUCCAGACAGAUCCAGCUGUGGCACUUCAUCCUGGAGCUGCUGCAGAAGGAGGAGUACCAGGGCGUGAUCGCGUGGCAGGGGGACUACGGAGAGUUUGUCAUCAAGGACCCAGACGAAGUGGCUCGGCUGUGGGGGAUAAGGAAAUGCAAACCUCACAUGAAUUAUGACAAGCUGAGCAGGGCACUGAGGUAUUACUACAACAAGCGCAUUUUGCACAAAACCAAAGGGAAGCGUUUCACCUACAAGUUUAACUUCAGUAAGGUGGUGCUGGUGAACUACCCCAUCCUGGACAUGGCCAACUCUCCCUUCUUUCUGGCCCAGAAUCACUUCAACGGGGGCUCCACCGCGCCAGACUGCAGCCCAGAGGUACGACGGGCCAUACAGUCCCUGUUUCCUCGUUUGCCAGACUCUGGCAGGGGCACGUCCCUGUUUGAGCGAAGCACCGCGGCACCGGGGCCCGAAGGAGACAAGCUGAGACUGGAUGCAUUCCCCUUCCUUAAUUCAGGUGCGCCGUGCUACACCAAACCCCCGUCCCUGCUGGGCCCGUACCCUCGCAACCCACCCUUUGACUACCCCUGGGGCUUCAACCCCUACCUCCCAGGGGCCUUCUCUCUCAAUAACUGCCCCAAACUUCCCCCUGGCUCCCUCUACCCCUCCCAGUUUUACCCCAACCCUUUGCAGAGCAGCCUCUCCCAGCUGCCUCACCCCUUUUCCUCCCUGCUCCCCCCAGGGGAUGCAGGUGGGGCUGAGAGGGGAGCAGCGGGGCAAACCGGAGGGACAAACGGCACGGCGGGUGGUCAGCCAGUCAGACUCUGCCUGCCACCCUACCCCGGGAGCCUGUCAAUGAGUCGGACGGACAUUGGCAACGGGGCGGCGUUGGGGGAGAGGGAACGGGCGGAGGCCAACCCUCCAGGCACGGGGCUGGGUCUGGGGCUGGGAGCAGUCAGCCUGGGAGCCGGGACUGGGACGGGCCGGCAGAGCCCCACAGAGAGGAGAGGAGGGGUGAAGCAGGACCCGGAGUCAGACUCGGACCUGGAGAUCACAGAUCUGAGCGACUGCAGCUCAGACAACGAAAACGAGCACGAAUUCAGCAUCAGGAAGGAAUCCAGCCUGGCGAACCGAUCACAGAUAGUGUUGGAUGGAAAGAAAGGCAGCGCACUGCCAGCCAUCUCCUCUCUCCCCCCGACAGUGUCCCCGCACCCUCUGAAGAGCCUGAUGCCCGUCAGUCCCCCACCCCCGUCCCUGCCUCCGUCGCUUUCCCCCUCCUUGGCUUUGCAUGAAAGACACAGGGAGACAGAGACUCUCAAAAUGAUACACAGCUAAUACUUUUUCUCCCGCGUCCACCAUCUUGCCAGUCUGUGCUCUGAUAACUCUCUUUUUCUCUCCUUUCUUUUCUCGGAGACACUUUUCUGCUUUAAAUUGUCAACCCCCCAAUCACUCCAGAUACAUACUUUUUCCCAGAAGAGGCAGUUAUGUUCUUUACUUCUGAAAUUACUGUUUCCCCGUUCGCUGUGUAAGUUUUUAACUUGCCCACAGUCCAUUACACUGCACCGACUCGUCCGUCUUGGACCAUAUGGGGCGUACAGUUUUCAGGGUAUGGGCUGUCAGUAUCACCAUCUUGUCCUUUCUGUUUUGAUCUCUCACACCAAAUGAUCGCUCCAUGGUUUGUGGACUUGUUUUACGCGUUGCCAGCAGUACUCCACAAUUUGCUGUCUGCGGCCGAGCUAUGAUAGAAGGCAGUGAGGUGGUAAAUUACAGCACAGCAAUGCCUGCCUUGACAAACAUUAACAAACAACAUCCCUAUACUAACAGAACAGAACAACAAAUAAUGCUCAGAUCGAUCCAAUUUUACAGAUUUGUCCUGUAAUUCUUGAGAUUUGGACUCCUACAUAUAUAUAAUCACUCUGACUUCUGAGACAUAGUCAAAUACUGCCACCUAGUGGUCCUUUCACUCAACGUCUCCUCCAGUGAAAUCAUCUCACCUCCGUAAUCCUGUGAGUAAAAAUGGUCACCCCUGACUUUAUUUUGCACUUAUAUGAUAUUGUUUCUUGCGGGUUAAUUUGAAUGUUAAAAUCCAUAUUUUUAAAUAGUGUUAACUGUGAUAGUCUGUGAGUAUUUAUUUUGUCCUGUGGUUCGAGUAUUUCCUGCACAUUUUCUAAAAAGGAAAGAAAGAGAGAGCAGAGGGAGCUGGGCCAACCUAGAAAUUUGUAUGAAUAUUUCAGUGUAUAUAUUUUAUUAUGGUGUACAUUACAUUUAAUUAUUAUUCACUAUGAUAAGAUUUAGCUGUAUUGUUGUGAUUUAAUUCAGUAUUUAAACAUGUUGGAAAAUUAUAAGCCUAGGUGUAUCAAAGUUUAAAUUAUUAAUGGCAGAAGAUCUGCGCUCUGAAGAUGUUUUUCUAUGAUGAGGACAGAGUUCACACUGGGAAUUGUCUCCGAUUUUCUCGACCCUAAUUAAUUGUGCCCUUUGGUCAUUUUUGCCAGAUGCCCAACGUACGAACCCUUUGGGUUCAAAAAUAUGCCGGUAGACUUAUUUUUAUAGUUAGCAUUCACCCAGUGUAACUGUAAUGUAAUUAGUCAAAUGUGAAUAAUAUUGGUCUUUGCAUUUUCUUUUUUAAAUCCUCCCCCGAAAAUCUGUUUUGAUUAUUUUUCAAUCAGUGCUUUUUGUCCAUGCCAGCAGCAGGGCAAUUGGUUUUGCUUGAGGACGUUUAAAAAAAAUAAAAAAAUAAAUCAAGAACUGUUUAUGUUUGCAGAUCUUAUGACCAACAUGCUUCCUCCGGCCCCCGUUUCUCAGCACAGAGUGAACACUACACCAUAUUGUACAGCUUCAUAGCCUUUAUAGCCUAUGGUUUGUCAAACAGUGGCGGUAUACGAUUAGUUGUGAAAGCUCUAUUGUAAAGUUAAUGUAAAGCUCUAUGUUUGUUGAGUUGCUACAGGAAAGGCCUCCGGUCACCUCCUCGUGCAGGAGAACACUAACUAACAGCUGUAAAUACUGUUUCCUUUGUGUGUGUAUGUGUGUGUACACAUCCAAAAACUGACAAUGCAGUGGUUUUACCUGUCAUCUCUUUGUUUUACUGUAAAGAGGAAAAAUGGAAAGUGCAAAAAAGAAGAAAAAGAUUAAUAUCUUCAAAAGCAAUAAACAUUAUUCUGGAUAGUG